AUGGAUUCAGAGGACGAAUUUUUUGACGCCCCUGAAGCAUUCUCCCUCGGCUCGCACGUCACUGAAUGCUACUCGAAGGCAGCUAAUGACACAUCUUCAAGCGCGUACCGCGAUGAAUCAAUCUCGCGGCUGUGGGCUUCCUUUGGGAGUUAUCCAAAAACAGCUGAUCAUGUUGACCAGGAUUUGGGUCUAUUCACCCGGCCUUCGCAUGCUCCAACAGAUUUGGAAGUCACGGCUUCCCAUCCUCCUCUUCAUAUUAUCCGAGAUGGAUCAGCGGAUGCUCUCCAGGUUAAUUCGCUACAAUCUCAGCCGCCUUCUCGGGCUAGAACGUUCAAUUCUCCUAGCACACAUCUACAUAGCUCACUGGAUUUCACUCGGACGUCAGCUACUAUAGCCACUUUCCAUCCCAGCGAUGUUUCUUUGGGCACUGCUCAACGAACUUUCUUGCCUGGCCUAACAGAACAAGAGAGUUAUUAUAACUCAUUAGCUGAUACGCUCUACUCGGUCUGUGCCACCUCAUCAGCUGUUCAGCGAUUUCAAAGGGUAUCUUCUGCUCCUGUGGUAUCAGAUAGCUUGAAGUUGGGCCCUGAUCCAAAUUUAUCAGUGGCACAUGCAAAAUCCUGGUCGCUGGACACUGCCAGGCUACAUCUGGCCUCCGGAACCUCAAAUGAUGUAUGGAGCCGCCAAAUUCCCAGUGUACCCUCAGUGCCCGAAAAGCUUGCCGAUUUCCCGAAUUUCCCCGCUCUUCCUGAUCCCACGCUGGAUCAGGGCUGUUCUCCUUAG